GCCUCGGAUGUCUAUUUGCCUUCAGCAACUGGCAAUGGACAAUUAAGGGCUGCUUCUCAAAGAGACGUGGUACAGUUGCAUAGGGCAAUGAUUGACCUGUGUCGUAUAUUCGAGAAAGUCCUCCUUUCAUUUUGGUCUCCAAAGCCGCUCCUACAACCCAAACAACGUUUUGCAUUUUUUGAUUCCUGUGUGCUUGAACUCAAGACAUGGUACUACGAUCUUGCUCCAGAGCUUAAGGUUGACCGUCCAUCUGGUCCCUCUCGAUUUCCUCACGCCUAUACUUUAUGCAUGGUAUACCAUACUGUGUGCAUUCUACUUAGCGUGCCAUUUCUGAGUAAUCAGUCUGCCAGUCAAGAUGUCGGCAACUACACUGACCCACAGACACAACAGAACAGCAACAACAAUGAUCCGGAGUCUGCCUGUAGACAGAAAAUUACGACAAUAUGCAGCAACUCAGCCCGAGGAAUGUGCAUUGUGGCCCAGAAAUAUAGACAGACAUUUGGCAGCUUCAAGCUGAGCCCUAUAACAGCCACAUACUGCAUGCUAUCAGCGGCAUCGCUCAUCAUAGAAAAAUGCUGCGUUGAUUACGCCAUGGGAUCUGGUACAGGCAACCAGGCCUCACGAGGCCCGUCACCACAGGCAGCUGUGGGGCUCUGCCUUCAGGUUCUGCGGGAACUCUCAACGUCCUGGGAUAUUGCAAAGCGCAUCGGACGGAAUCUUGAGAAAUUAUAUUGCGAACGACUGAACUGUGAUAUUGAUCAUAUGCCGCCUGCCCCUCCAUUGGAAUGCAAUGGCAUUUGCACAACUGCAUAUCAACCGGCAGACGUGGAUCUCUAUGUAGGGCCCCUGGCCCCGACUGAGCCAUCCCAAGGUCUGCCCAACCCCAAAGACUUGCAUGUUCAAGAUACCCGUUUGGCCCCUCCAGUUCCAAAUUCUAAUUGGUUUGAUGUUCCUCCUUCGAGUAACGCGAGUCAUCACCAUAACAAUAAUGGCGUGAUUGGACUUGCGGCAGCCCCUAACCCCGAUGAGCUGUUUAUCAACAACCUAGGCUUUGCAUUCUCGGCCAAUUGUCUACCCAGUGAUUACAACAUGUUUGAUACAUUGAAUCAAAUGUAUUUAGAAGAUAUAUGGUGA